UUGGAGCAUCGUUCAGAAUUUCCGAAAAAUGAAAAAACUUGCAAGAAGGUUACGGAAUUCAGAAGAUGACAAGUUCUCUCUUCCGACUUCCUUUCAUAUCAAUUUUCCUCUUUGUUGUACAGAACAAGAAGAGUUGGUUCGUUCUUUAGAAAGAAGUCAAGCUCAACAGAGUCGAUUAUGGAGGAAUGUAUUUGCGGCUCUAGUCUCUUGUUACAUCCUGUUUCUUUUGUACUCCAUCUUCCACCAGGCUUCAUCUCCAUGGGAACUGCGGUAUCAUGCUUACUUCAUGGAGGAAAUCUACUCAUGGAUGAUUAUAUCUGCAGAUUUGGUGGCUGUUUUAGCAUGCUCAUUUGCUAUCAUAGGACUGCUUCAUGAGUCAAUGCAUCACAGGAUAUGGAUCCAGUACUCAUGUUAUACCGGCAUUGUUCUGGCAAUUUUCUGGUUAUAUUACAUGUCGAGGUUGCCUAGGUUUCGUUGGGAUGUUAUAUGGCUUCCAUUUGGUCCUCUUAGUGCAUCCUCAAUCUGUCUCUAUGUGGAUCACUUACUAACUGAAUCAUCAGAAGAGGUAAGAAAGCUUCACGGAUACAUGUAUGCCUACAAAGCAAGCUAGAAUUGAUGUUCUGAAUGGUGACAAAUAAACAUGAGAAGCAUUUUGGAGCAAAAUGACCAGAUAAACUAAAAUGUAUAUAUUAUUUAUUUCUCAUCAUAUGAGCCUGCACCCUCAUCAGCCACCAGGACAGAAAAGAGAUGACAUGGCUUAAUUGUGUGGAUUCAAUCCAAUGGAAAGGGCAUUGUUUUUGUGAGAAAUAGUAACAAUUUUAUAUCCUGUAUAUGGGAGUAGUUGAGCAUUUUAGUAUUGGUUUUGUAUGUACAAGAAAAUAGAAAAACUAUAUCAAGUUUCUCUUAACUUAAUUUAAAGUAUUGGUCCUUUAUUUU